AAUAAUUAAAUGGUGUCAGUGAGGAAGAUGAUUUCAAGUUGGUGUGCAAACCUGCAGGCAUAUUUGAAGUGCUAAAAGACCAAGUCUGUUAAUGAUGGUCUGUUUUUAAACUCAACUGAGCAAACACACUUGAUACCUUAAGACUUGGUUUGCUUUUAUUACUUCUCUAUUGUCUUCGAUAAAACAUCUUUGCACUAAAAUGCUUGUUUAAGUUGUGUUAUUGUUAUUUGGGAUUCAAACAAAUCUUUGUGUAUAACAACAUAAUUACGUACACAUCUUGAUUCUUGUGAAUUAAUGACCACCAACAGAAGUGGUGGUAGCACAGCAACACGCCUUGUUAAACUUGACUAAAGUGUCAAAAUAUUACAUUCAUCAUAAACACGAACUGAGCAUAAUUUUCUGUCAAAGCAGCAUAUUUGAUCGUUAUUAUGGCACAUUGAAUUGUUAAAGUGUACCUAAUGAAGUGACCUCUGUGUGUCAGUUUAGUUUAAUGUAUCAUCCAAUCAGAUUCUCUCCUGCUGCAACGUCUCAGCCAAUCGGCGUGAAGGAGAGGGCGGGGCUUGUGGGGGAACUUCCUGGACAGGUGCGUCGAUCUAUUUGAGUCAACUCGGUAACAAGAACUCUACGUAAUACUCCGGAAUUUAAAACUUCAAAUUCCCAAAGUUAAAAAUUAUUAUUUUUUUUGGUCUGAUAGAAUUAAUUGACGCUUACUUCCGCGGUUGUUUUGUGUCUGUCUUUGUGGAGGACUGUUGGAAAAGAGCUUCUGGUUUUGAAUUGCUCGCAGAACAUUGAGAGAGAUGCAUCAUGGGAAAGAAGAAUGGACCAACCUGUGACUUUGGGAAGCCAAAAAGUUGGCUGUCAUGCCACAAAGCAUCUUGCUCCACCAACCCCUCCACCUGAGAGGGGACGCUGCCGGGCUGCAUGGCUCAUUCAUCAGAACCCUCUUGCAGGGAAAAGGCCCCUGGGGCCCAGGCACCCGCUUACGCGGCUGCACGCAACGUUCUACGAAAGAAGGAGCAGUGGCGGCAGCGGCAAGGAAAUCGAUCUUCCUCCCCCAUGGGUCGCGUCAUCCUCAUCAACUCUCCUGUGGACGGUGGCGAUGACAGCGAGGACCUUCACACCAUCACGGUGGACAAAAGCCAGGAGGGCAAGCUGGGCUUUAGCGUGCGCGGCGGCUCCGAGCACGGCCUGAGCAUCUUUGUCAGCAAGGUGGAGGACGGCAGCACGGCAGAGGAGGCCGGCCUGCUGGUGGGCGACAAGCUGGUGGAGGUGAACGGCGUCAGCUUGGAGAGCAUCACAAUGAGCAGCGCCGUCAAGGUGCUGACGGGCAACAGCCGGCUGAGGAUAGUGGUGAGGCGCGUGGGCAAGGUGCCUGGCAUCCGCUACUCCAAAGAGAAGACCACCUGGGUGGACUUGAUACACAGGCGCAUGGUGGUGGAGGAAAGCGGGCGCACGCCCUCGGACGCCAGCUCGGGAAGCGCCCUCCGCAGGAUCAUCCACCUGUACACCACCUCCGACGACUACUGCCUGGGCUUCAACAUCCGCGGCGGGAAGGAGUUUGGUCUGGGCAUUUACGUCUCCAAACUGGACCCCGGCGGCCUGGCCGAGCAGAACGGCGUCAAGAUGGGCGACCAGAUCCUGGCCGCCAAUGGCGUCAGCUUUGAGGACAUCAGCCACAGCAGUGCCGUGGAGGUGCUUAAGAGCCACACGCACGUCAUGCUGACCAUCAAGGAAGCCGGCCGCUACCCAGCUUACAAGGAGAUGGUGGCAGAGUACCGAUGGCUCAACAAGUUGGUCAACGGAGGUCAGAAGUUUUCCUCCCUGGGCUCAGAAUCCAACUCCAACUCGGCCUCUUCGCUGUCCUCAGGCACUCCGGUCAGUUCUCUGAGCGGCCUGUCCCAGGUCAUGUUCCCCCCCAGUCUGCCUUUUGGCUCCGACAUGGUGGACGUGUGCAUCUCCACUGAGGACCAGAGGUGCGUGUCGGAGGAGCGCAGUGAGGCCGCCAUCCAGACGGACACCACCCGCAGCCUGGGAGCCACCACGCUGCUCCGGGACACGGCCAUCCGUGAGGAGGUGGACCCAAAGAGGGAGUCCCCCAAGACGGCGGUGCUGUUGGCUCUCAGCAGACCCAGCCGACCCAUCAGCCGCUCACAGAGCCAGGUCACCGUGGCAGAGAUCAGCCAGAAAAAGUCCAAGAAGCAGAAAGGAGGCGAAAACUCCAGGGAGAAGAGCGCCCUCCAACGCUCCAAGACUUUAGUCAAUCUGCUGUUCAAGGGUGCAAAGAAGAGAAACGCCUCCAGGGGGCGCUCCAGGUCGCCAUCCACUGACAAGGAAGGUUUGAGCCUUGGCGGAGGUCCGAGCACCGCUGACGGGCCGCAGCUCAGCAGCACGCCAAACUGCGAGAUGCUGCGAGCGGUGGACGACAUGGCGCGCAGACUGUUGACUGAGGAGGAAGCGAACGAGGUGAUUAAGGCAUGUCAGACGUAUGUGGCGGAAAGGUCAGUGGAGACAUUAAUACGCCACCUGCUGGUUGUGCUGGACAGGCCUGAGAAACUGCUGCUGCUCAGGGAAGUCAGAACGCUGCUUCCUCCCGCCCACCUCAGUGAAUUCAACAGCACCGUGGAGGCGGUGGAAGUGGAGGCAUACGACAUCCUCAAGUACCGCUCAGUCCGAACCCCGCCUCUUCGGUCUCCUGCGUCCGGUCGGGCGCCCAAACGUCGCCUCAUCACGCCCAUCCCAGAUUGCAGAGGAGGCUUUGCACUCCACAGUGCAGAGGUGGUGGAGAAGGAGAGCCACCUAGUGGAGAAGCUGGAGAAACUCAGCCUGUCCAGUGAGAGACGCCGCCGCCGCUCCACGACUUUCACGCCGCUGCUGGACAUCCCGGUGGACGGAUACCAGCCGGAGUCCAUGAAGCCCAAAGCCUCACCCACGAGACCCCCAGGCCCCAACUGGCUACUCACCCACAACCACGACCCUCCGCUUAGAACAGAUAUCGGAACCAUUCGCUCUGUGCACUUUGAGGAGGUCAACCAUGACUCGACUGUUGGUAAAGAGGCCGUGUUCACGCUGCACAAGAGUCGGCCAUCGCUGGCACAAGCGUUCAGCUCAGGAGGGCAACUGAACGGCCAUCAGGCUCACCCGGAGAACGGACUUGAUGAUACCGAGCUGGACUACGAGCUCCAAACUGUCUGCAUCUCCAAGACCAAGCAGUCCCUGGGAAUCAGCAUAUCUGGCGGGAUGGAGUCCAGGGUUCAGCCGGUGGUGAAGGUGGAAAAGAUCUUCCCUGGAGGAGCCGCCUCCACCUGUGAGGUGCUCAAGGCAGGGUUCGAGCUGGUGAGCGUCGACGGCGUUUCCCUGCGAGGCGUCACCCAUCUGCACGCCGUUGACCUCAUACGGAAGGCCUUCAGUAACAAGGCCAAAAACCCCAUGGUGCUGGUGGUCAAAAUGCCCCACAAGCCUUGAAAAGAACACAAGGUGGUGAUCCCUCAUGACAACCCUCUAGUGGUCAGUCCGUGAAGCACACCACCUGCAGAAUUACUAUUGCAACAACACAUCCUAAGUAGGGAAAAACUAACCUGCCUCACGACGGUCACGUUCCCUAUUAGUGGGUGAACAACCCAACGCUUGGUGAACACAAACAGCCCAAAAAAGAAAACUCAUUUGCAUCAGUAUCAAAUUGUACACUUUCACAGCUUAGUUUUGUCAUUAGAUCAUGAAGAAAUAUAGUUAAAACAAUUCAACAAUGAAAAGCAAUGAAAGGCGAUGCUUGACAUUCAAACUCAACUUACAAGCAAAUGUUUGGCCACAUGGGGGCAGCUCAGCGCUUUCAUGCCAAUUGUAACCACAAAGCACAAACCAAAACAAAAAUUAAACCAGUUUUCGUCAGUGCCUCCCAAGGACGAAAUAACACAAACAUUCAAUAUAACUUUUAAUAAAAACUGAGUGAAAAUAAACGAAUAAGAUGAAACGGAACAAAACAUUAAAACAUUUCUUUGGUCUAUUCACAGUGGCUCUUUGUUUACUCUGACUUAUUUAUUUACAAUGGCGACCCAAUCAGCAGUCAGAAAACAAAGCAAAGUCUUCCUCUUCUUUUGGGGAUGGAACAGGUCAAAGUUGAGCCAUCUUAAAGUAUUUGCUCUUCGGAGAAGCAACUAUUUAAAUUCUUCAAGUAUUCAUAGAAAGCAGGUGAAUUGACUGCAGCAGUUUGUCAGCGUAACAAGAUGGCGCCACAGUGGAGGCGCUCCUUUAAGGCAACACAAUAUUUUGCAGCAUGGUGAUCAAGUUUGAUGGGGGGUUUUUUUAUGCAGGCCACAUGAUAAACUGCAUUAAACGACACUGACGUCAGCUUUUGCAACAACUCGCUGCUGACUCACUUGCCCUCACCGCUGCCGGGUCGGCCAUGUUUGCGUGCAUAGAACAUGGGCUGUGCGCUUACGGCCGACACGGAGUGGGAGUGUGAAGUCCUCAUGAGUGCAGGAGCAGGCGGGUGACAGGUCGACUUACUCAUUGCUUAGAAACAGGGAAGAUCUGCGACGUGCGACUGACACUGCAAGAAAAUUACAAAAACGGGGGGCUGUGAGUGUCAAAUUUCGGUGGCGGCGACAUCGUCAAAAAUGAUCUCGUUUCCACUGCCCUCGUCGUCGUCUCUGUUCUCCAGCUCCUGGCUGAGCUCCCGCAGCAUCUGCUCCAGCUCGUGGUUCCUGCGGUACAUGUUGACGUAGUUGUGCUGCAACUCCUUCUGGUAGCGGACCACUUUGUCCUUCUCUUCCUGCCAUACCAUGCGCUCCUCCUCGAAGCCGCCAGCUUGCUGCUCUGCCCGCUGGCGCUCCAGAGCCAGCUCGGCUCUCAAGCGCUCCGACAGGCUCUGUUCGCCAUCUUGAUCCUCCUGGAACACUUGACACUGUCUACUUCCCGGACCUUGAGCGGCGAGGGUGUCUUGGAGGCGCGCUAAUUCUCCCUCCAGGCGCGCCGCCUUCUCCCGGAGCAGCUCGGCCUCGCUCUUGCGGCGCUGAAGCUCGUUCUCGCACACCUCCAGCUCCAUAGUGCGCGUGCGGGCAGCGGCGCUGGCCUCCUGCAGGAGGGCCUGCGUGUUGGUCAGCUCGCCACGAGUCUCGCGCAGCUGACCCCGCAGUGACACGAUCUCCCCCACACGCUGCGCUAACUCCCCCUGGACCUCCUUCAGCUGCUGCUUCAACAAGGAGAUUUCUCCUGACUUCUGGCACACCUGCAAGGACAAGGACGAGCUUAAGCCACAUAUGUGUGCUUAAAGAAGUGUGUUUCAGGAAAAUAUUCACCUCCCACUUGCUCUCCUCCAGUCGAGGUCCCAGCUGGAUCUUCUCAUGCUCAUAGGAGGUGCAGCGCUCCUCCAGCUGCUCCCUCUCCUUCAGAAGCUGGCCAAAGUCCUCCUGAAGCUUUUUCUUUUCUUGCUGGAGCUGAUGGACCUGCAGGAUGCCACGGCACACAAUAUUUGCACUGUUUUGGAUGAGAUGUGGAAGAAGCAAGGCUGAAGGUUCUCACCUGCAUCUGAAGCACCUGCUGGGCUCGCUGCGCCUUCUGAGAGGCCGUCUGCAUCCUAGUGGCGCAGCUCUGCCUCAGCUCCUCCAGCUCUAAUUCGAAACGCUUCUGCUUCUCCUCGUAGACCUGGAAACAUGCCAUCAAGUGAUCAGUCUGAAAGCUAUGCAAGUCAUUUUUUAUCUGCAGCAGCGCCACCUGCAGGACUGGAGUGGAAGUUAGGUUGUGUACCUAAUGAAGUGACUGAUAAAAGGAGAAAUGGAGCCACCUGACAAAUGGCGGCCUCGUUCUCAUCCAGAUUUUCUCUGAGAUGCUGGAGCUCCUCCUCUCUCUCCCUCAGCUUGUCCUCCAGGUCCCUCACCACCCCCUCAUAGCCCUCCACUGGACCUGGGGAGCGCCCACCGGACCCGCAUUCAGACAGCGGCUGACCUCGCCCACUGAUGGACCCGCUGCUCUUGCUGGAGGACGAGCGCCCGCUGUCCGAGUUGGAGUGUCCAUGCACACUGACAGAGGGGGCGCUCUUGGUCGCCUCCAGGUGACCUGCAGCCACCACCUCUCCCGAUGCCAGGCCACCGUAAGGUGGCAGACUGGAGAGUGAGUUGCGGCCCGAGUCAGACAGCGAGCAGGAGUGGCUGCUGCUUCCGCCGCCGUUUCGCCCCGCACUGUACGAGCUGCGCUUCUCUGAGCCGGAAGGCGACAGUUCCCGAUGGGCGGGGCUGAGCAGGUUCAGGUUGCUUUGGCCAUCUGGUCCACUGGCGCCGUGUCGGGGGGAGAGGUAGCGCAUUGGGGUGCGGCUCUUGGGCACGACGGGUUUGAAGGCGGUGGGUCGCAGCACCGUUUUCUCCAUGUUCUGCGCGGAGCAGGCACAACAACACAACACUUACUGUAUAUUCACGGUCAUCUUACAUUCGUCUCACAUUAAAACUCGCCUUUUCCAGUUUUCCUGACACAGGGACGAGUCGUGGCGGUGGCCCCCCCACGCGCCCAUUCAGGCCUUCUUUCGUCCCGUCUUGGUAAUUCGUUGGGCUGGCAGCGUGGCCGUCGGUCCAGUCAUCGACGUAGUCCCACUUCCCGCUCUCCUGCCCCUUACUGGAUGUCCUAUUGGCUGGAGGACUGCCGGUUUGCAGGAAGCGUUCCAGAGGAGACUCCCGUGCUCCGAGCUCCACGCCGGAGUGGGCCGCCGCUGCCGCCACCAGGCUGCCAACCGAGCCCACGCGGUCUAGAGUGGCGGUCGGAGGUGAGGGGCCUGAGCGGUGUCGCCUGCGUGAUCGUGCACUGUGGCCUGGGUCACGGGGCUCGGCAGAGACGGGCAGAACCAGCGCCAUGCUGGCUGCAAGAUGGGCUCACUCGUUCUGAGGAAGAACAUUCCAAAGCUAACAUUAAACACCCACGUUGACUCGAUUAGGAAGCCACAGCAGCAUAGAAAGUACAAGCAAAGGUGCUCUAUAGCAGAACUACAGCCUCCUCCCCUCCAUAACCACACACACACACACACACACACACACACACACACACACACACACAACCAAACAGGCCAGCCCAUUGAUGAGGCCCAUUCAAGCAGCACAAAUGGGCCUUGAGGCUUUGGGUCUGUCAGGCAGCACAAGCAAAGAGUCUAUGUUCAUUGGACAUGUAGGACGGCUUGGAGCACGCUGGCAGCAACAAAGCCUCCUGUCGCCACACAUCGGAUCAGCCUCAGGAGGAACGCCAUUUUAAAAAAAUAAAACUAUGCAGCACCGGGCCCGGCCCAGGCUGGGAAAAAGUUGAACAUUGCUUGGAAAUUGUUGGAGAUCUUGAGGAACAGACGUCUUUAUUGUCUCCUUGCUGUCACAGUGAUGCUGGUUAACAUGAGGCUUACAACUAAUAGCAACACUAACUUCCUUAAUGAAUCAUCAAUAAUCCCUCGCCACUUUGCACUUCGAAUUUCAUGGCUUCAUUUCACUUUUUCAAAAAUAUAUUACCUAAUAAACCAUUGUUGUUUAGUGGUUUAAUGCAUACUAUUAUUAGUAAAAACAAUAUGCAUAUUUAAGCAAAUAGUAUGUCUUUUUUUUACCUAAAUUUUGUAUUUUCAAGUAUAAAAAUGGUUAAAUGAACUAAAAAUACAAAUACUGUAUAAGGCAUUCAGAAGACACAUUCAAGUAAUGUUACUGUAAUGUUGGGUGAGACACACUAGCACUACAUUUGAUCGGUGGAACAACAGGCUUUUAUUGCAGGUUGGAAUGAUCUCACAGCAGGCACAAUAAAACUAACGUGAGCCAAGCUAAAAGUCAACUCUAAACCCCAGACUCAAUUAACCGCGAUAAAGAAGGGAUUCAUGUAUAACAUAAAUAAACUUUACUGCCGAAAAUAAACUUUGAUGUCUGGGUCCACAAAAUAUGACCCACCCACGGGCCUGGGAGUUUGAGACCCCUGGUCUAUAUGAAGGCAUUUCCCUCCAUUUGACUCAACCCUUCUUCUACCAGCAUUCUGCUACUUCUCGCCCGAGUCCAACUCUCCGUGACCUUGAACGACAAAUUUGUGCUCACCAGCAUGACCCACUUCUGUGCUGGUGUGUGAGUGUGUGUGUGUUGAGGGUGCUCAUAGGGCGCAGCCUACUUCUUCCAGCCUAGUUUUAGUGUUUGCUUCCAGAAGGGUGCGUCUGUUAUCCUUCGGAGGUUUAGUGAGAUAAGUCCACAAUAGUAUUCUUGACUGUUAGCCACCAUGAUGCAUACCUGCCCUGCUGUGUUCCUCAAGUUACUCAUGGAGAAAAACGCUCAUUUUCAUGAAGAUCAACCAUUUCUGGGUGUAAAAUCUUGCAUAAACACUACUCGAGCAGAGUCUGAUGAAAUUAGAGAUACAUGUGUCUGAACAUGGGUUUAGCAUGCUCCAAGUACUGUAAAUGCCCGCCAAUCGGGAUCAGAUCCAGAUCGAUUAGGAGGACUGUCUCGGUCUACAUAACGGUUCCAAUGAAAGUUGAGUUUUCCGGUGUAAGUUGGAACUUAUACACAACACAUGAAGUACAUAUAAAAUACAGUCAUGACAAUUCAGUAGUUAGAGCAUAGAAAACCUGUUUAAGACCUUCUAAAUACGCUUUUUAACAUUAUUAGAUCCCUCUAGAGAUGAAUUAACACCCCAUAGUCACCUUUACACUCCUAUUACCCAAUAUAGUAGACACAGCAAGAGAAAAUAAGACUCGUGCUCGUGUGUGUUACUGUAAAUGUGUUCUGGUGCUGGGGGGCGGACAGGAAGUCAUGUCGGGGGUUCAGGGUUGAGUUAUACCUUGGCAUGUGUUCCAGCCGCAACAGUGGCUCGUGUUAGGGAUUAUUGUGCCUGUUGUGAGAUCAUUCAAAGCUGCAAUGAAAGCCUGUUGUUCCGGUGAUCAAGUCUGGUGCUUGUGUGUCUCUCACAACAUUACAGUAACAUUACUGACACCUAGUGACAAGUGCAGAAUACUAUAUAUCAUCACAACGUCUUCGAAUGCAUCUUCUGAAUGCCCUAUAUUUGUAUAUUGUUCAUUUAGCCAUUUUUAUGCUUGAAAAUUGUUAUUUUUUGACUAAUACCAUACUUAACCACAAAACAGCAUGAUUUAUUAAUGAAUAUAUUAUUGAAAACUUGAAAACUUAUUGAAAACAAAAUUCGAAGCGUGAAGUGGCAUGUAUUGUAGCAACUUUGAGUCGCACAAGGGGAUGGUCAGAUGCACGCUAGCUUGCUGACAGGGAGAGGCUUUUUAAUUGGGCAGGCGAUAGCCGACACUGCUGGUCGUGCAGUGAAAUGAACGAGGGGUCACUAGACACAGCACUAACAACAAUCACGGUGCAAACACAAGAACGAGUAAAUAAACACACACAACUACUGCAGGAAAAAAAAAAAAACUACAAGUGCCGCAAGGUAUGCUGGGAAGCUGGAAGCAAUCCCAGCGAUGCAACAGUAUAGUUUUAUAUUCAAGUUUUUUUUUACUACUUGAAACCCUGCCUUGCCCAGACUCUACCUCCAGCGCUCAGUUGAAUUUAAGACCCUCAGAUACAGUGGUGUGAAAAAGUCUUUGCCCCUUUCCUGAUUUCUUUUUUUUUUUUUUUUUUUUGCAUGUUUGUCAGACUUACUGUAAAUGUUUCAGAUCGUCAAACAAAUUUAAAUGUUCGUCAAUGACAACACAACUGAACACAAAAUGCCGUUUUUAACUGAAAAUUAUUAUUAUUGUGACAUUUGCUAAGCCUCUUGUUGCUAGGCAGAAUCUGUGGGGCGCGUGCACACACACACACAAAAUAUAUAUAUUUGUAUAACAUAAAAAAUCUGAAAAAAAAUCCAAAUCUACAUGUCCCUGUGUUAAAAAAUGCUUGCCCCCUAAAGCUAAUAAGUGGUUGGGCCCCCUUAGCAGCAACAACUGCAAUCAAGCGUUUGUGAUAACUUGCAAUGAGUCUCUUACAGCGCUGGGGAGGAAUUUUGGCCCACUCAUCUUUGCAGAAUUGUUGUCAUUCAGCCACAUUGGAGGCUUUUCCAGCAUGAAGCGCCUUUUUAAGGUCAUGUCACAGCAUCUCAAUAGGAUUCAGGUCAGGACUUUGACUAGGCCACUCCAAAGUCUUCAUUUUGUCUUUCUUCAGCCAUUCAGAAGUGGACUUGCUGGUGUGUUCUGGAUCAUUGUCCUGCUGCAGAACCCAAGUUGCUUUCAGCUUGAGGUCACCAACAGAUGGACGGACAUUCUCCUUCAGCAGAAUUCAUGCUUCCAUUUAGCACAGCAAGUCUUCCAGGUCCUGAAGCAGCAAAACAGCCCCAGACCAUCACACUACCACCACCAUAUUUUACUGUUGGUAUGAUGUUCUUUUUCUGAAAUCAGACGUCAGAUGUAAUGGGACACACACCUUCCAAAAAGUUUAACUUUUGUCUCGUCAGACCACAGAUAUUUUCCCAAAGGUCUUGGGGAUCAUCAAGAUGUUUUUGGGGUCAUUUUGGUUGGCCAGCCACUCCUGGCAAGGUUCACCACUGUUCCAUGUUUUGGCCAUUUGUGGAUAAUGGCUCUCACUGUGGUUUGCUGGAGUACCAAAGUUUUAGAAAUUGUUUUAUAAUCUUUUCCAGACUGAUAGAUGUUGAUUACUUUCUUUUUCAUAUGUUUUUGAAUUUCUUUAGAUCUCAGCAUGAUGUGCAGCUUUUGAGGAGCUUUUGGUCUACUCCACUUUGUCAGGCAGGUCCUAUUUAAGUGAUUUCUUGAUUGAGAACAGGUGUGGCAGUAAUCAGGCCUGGGUGUGGCUAGAGAAAUUGAGCGCAGGUGUGAUAAAUCUCAAUGAUGUUUUAAUGGGGGGGGGACAAUCACUUUUUCACACAAGGCCAUGUAGGUUUGGAUUUUUUUUUCUCCCUUAAAAAUAAAAAGUUGUGUUCAGUUGUGUUGUCAUUGACUAAUAUUUAAAUUUGUUUGACGAUCUGAAACAUUGAAGUGUGACAAACUUGCAAAACAAUAAAUGAGGAAGGGGGCAAACACUUUUUCACACCACUGUAGCUGUUCAGAAAAAGUGGCACGCACGUGGGACCAGGAAGCUAGGCCAGACAGGGGUCAUCACUCCCACUGGACGCUGCAGCUAAAAGCGUCCUUACUUCCAAAACAAUCCACCACGGCACAAAGCAAUCCACUCGCACCUUCCAAACUGAAGCUUGGCGCUCGGCAUCACUUUUAGAAACACAUGGAAAAAAAAAAAAAAAACGAAUUUACAAGGCAACUCCCAGUAGCUGCGCUCCACAGCAACGAGCUAUCGCAGGGAGUCCACUUUAGCACAUUUACUGGAUCACGCGCCAGGGAGAUUAACACCCCGACCCGGGGAUCACAGCAAAACACGAUCCGUGAUUACGAUACGCACGGAUCCCUGGAAGCUGCUUGCCAUAAGCCAGCAGAUAGUUAUCUGACACUUCCAUCAGGAUGACUUCACCUUGCUCUCCGACUGUGCAAGCAGAUUUUUGUUUCUGUUGAGAAAGAAGAAAAUACAAGCAUUUGUACUAAUAAACAAUGGAAGUCUUUAGCGGGAACAUCUGAGUCACGGGGGCCAAACUGAUCCGAGUGAGGGGAUUUUCCAAGUCCAGAGCAGGAAUACGUAGCCAACGUCACGCAACAACAUCAUGCUAUGUUUUUCUACUAAUAAACACAGCAGCAAAGAUUCUGCUUCCAUUAAU